CUACACACUGUCCUUUGGCCUGGAUGACCUCAUAUAAAUCCCCUCCUGUUCUAAUUCACUGCCCACAGCCCUGCUGAUAAAAGCAAAGCUCAUCUCUGCCCUGCUGCAGGGAACCCUAUUUCCUUCCUCUGCAGCUCAGCCGCCUCCUCCUCUCAGGUCUGCCAGCCAUGAAACUUCUUUACCUGUUUCUUGCCAUCCUUCUGGUCAUAGAAGAACCAGUGAUAUCAGUAGAAUGUUGGAUGGAUGGACACUGCCGGUUGUUGUGCAAAGAUGGUGAAGACAGCAUCAUACGCUGCCGAAAUCGUAAACGGUGCUGUGUUCCUAGUCAUUAUUUAACAAUCCAACCAGUAACAAUUCAUGGAAUCCUUGGCUGGACCACUCCUCAGAUGCCCACAACAGCUCCAAAAGCGAAAAGAAAUAUAACUAAUAGAUAGAAAUGACUUUGUUUCAGGUUGCUUAGGGUCCACAUUUCAUUAAAACUCACAAAUUUGUUUCUGGUGUCUGUCAAUCAUAAGGAAUGAUACUUCAAAUGGAUUGAGGGUGGGGGGAUGGCAGGGGGAGGUGAAGAGGUAGUCGAGAGAAGUCACUAGGGCUGGGUCAUAGCGAUGGUGUGAUCAUUACAGUCUUGAAGAUGAUUCCCCAUCUACCAGCUGCAUCUACCAGCUGCAGGAGAAGCUAUUGAGUCAGGAGUGGACUGGGGAGAACAUGGUGGGAGCUGAGAGAUUUAAAGGCAUAGCAGAUGCCUGGAGAGUUGGAGAAUCCUUAGGCUGGGAGAGUUGGUCCAUCUUGAGAGUGAAUGGGCUGAGGGUGGAUGGGGCUGAAUAUAACCCAAAUCUUUGGGGUUCUAGAGAAACCAGCUGAUGCUUUCUGGUGCUCAAGAGGCCCAGCCCCAGGAGUUAGAAGGUGUCUAAGUACUAAAAAAAGAUAAAGCACUUGAUUUGCUUAUUUAUAUAUGAAUUUGUUCAUUAUUCAUUUUUUCCAUUCUUUCAUCGAUUCAUUCAUUCAUAUUCACCACAGCUCUGCCACUUACUACUGGCAGACUCUGCAUAUAAACCUUUCAGAGCUUCAUCUUCCUCUUCUGUAAAUUAGAGUAAUAGUAGAAUCUAUUUGAGGAUUGCAGUAAGGAUGAAAUGACAUAAUAAUGCAAAGGUAAGCACUCAACAAAUGUCAUCAGCUAUUGUUCAUUGAUUUAUUCAAGGAUUUAUGAAAUAUGAGCUGUGUGCCUUCCAACUGUGUUAGACUCUGAGGGAGACAGAAGCCUGUCUCAUUUGAAUUGGUACUUCAGCCGGGGAGAAGACUCACUCGUGGGGAACAUUUAAGAAUCCUGAUUGGGAAUCUAGAGAAUCUGGGUGUCUUCCCAGGCUUUAUUAUCUCAAGUCCUAUUCUCUGGGCCCUAUUUA